UUAUUAGUUAAAUUAAACCUAUUCCAAGCAUAUCUCUUGUUACAGAUGGUUAGGUCAAUUGUCUGACCCAAAUCUGGUUCGAAGAAGGACUACAGCGUGCGCGAGAGCUCGACCAUCACUACGAGACACAUAAGACGGUCGUCGGCCCCUACCACGGACUGCCGUUUUCCAUCAAAAACCAGUUUCUCGUCAAGGGGAAGCGCACCUACUCCGGCAUGACCGCGUGGGUAGACGAGGUCGCUGCCGACGAUGCCCCGAUAGUCAAACUCCUCCGCGACGCAGGCGCCGUCUUCUAUUGCCAGACGAACGCGCCUCAGACGCUCAUGUGGCUAGAGACUAGCAACAACGUCACCGGCCGGACGCUCAACCCACUGAACCGCGACUUGAGCCCCGGCGGGUCGAGCGGCGGGGAGAGUGCGCUGGUUCGCUUUUUCGGCUCCCCGAUCGGCUUGGCGGCAGACGGCGGCGGCAGCAUCCGCGGGCCUGCCGCCUUCACGGGGUGCGUAGGCUUGAAGGCUACGGCCACCAGAAUCCCCCACACCGGAUCGAAAGCCCCCAUGAAGGGGUACGAUAGCACUCCCUAUGCCGUCGGGCCCAUCUGCCGAUCAGUCCGAGACAACGUCUACUUCAUGGAGACGAUCAUCGGGCUUAAACCAUGGACCUCGGAGCCGUACGUCUCUCCGCUGCCUUGGCGGCCGGCCGCCCCGCCGUCGGCAAGCAACAAGAUCACCAUCGGCGUGUACACGGACGACGGAGUGGUUCGCCCACACCCGCCGGUAGUGUCUGCGAUCUCCCGACUGGCCGCGGCCCUCGCCAGGCACGCCGAGUUCGAGGUGAUCCCGUGGACGCCGUUCGACCACGGCCGGGGGUACGACGUCUGCCGGCAGCUGUACUAUCUUGACGGGGGCGCGGUCAACGCGGCGCUGAUGGCGGCGGCGGGGGAGCCCGUGCUGGAGCUCAGCGCGUGGGUGGUGAGUUCGGACGUGGUGCGGCGGCGCUCGAUCGAGGAGAUGUGGGCGCUGAACACGGCGCGCGACGCCUUCCGGCAGGAGUACUUCGACCACUGGCGGCGGGGCCGGGGCGACGGCGCCCUCCGCGUGCCGACCGUGCUCCUCGGGCCCUGCGCGCCCGCCGCCGCGCCCCGCCACGGCACCGCCAAGUACUGGGCCUACACCGCCGUCUUCAACCUGCUCGACUACCCCGCCUGCGCGCUCCCGACGGGCCUCGCCGUCGACCCGGCCGACCCCGCGCACGCGCGCGAUGCCGCCUACGCGCCGCGCCGCAACGAGUUCGACGCGUCCGCCGCGGCGCUGUACCGCGACCACGGCCCCGAGGGCUACGCCGGCGCGCCGCUCAGCGUCCAGCUGGUCGGCCGCAGGUGGGACGACGAGGUGGUGAUGCGCGCCGCCGCGGCGGUCGAGGCGGUGGUGAAGGAGGGGAUAUGAUGUGUGUCUCAUCUUGAGGGGGAGGGGUGGGGGGAAGCGGAAAGGGUGUGGUAAUGGCGCAGUAAGUAGCACGACGGCAGGACGGGGAGGUAACCGAUGGGUUCUCGGAUGGCGGAACAGGCACCCCGAAGUCUCUCGCUUGCGAAC